AUGGACGAGUCUUACGACGUUAUUGUACUGGGAACCGGGCUCACUGAGUGCAUCUUAUCAGGCCUGCUGUCGGUGGACGGAAAGAAGGUUCUACACAUCGACAAACAGGAUCACUACGGCGGUGAGAGUGCCUCCGUGGCACUGUCGCAACUGUACCAGAAGUUCAAGCAGAACCCCAUCCCCAAAGACCAAAUGGAGGCCAAGUUCGGGCGCGACAGAGACUGGAGUGUGGAUUUGAUCCCAAAGUUCUUGAUGGCGGACGGCGGACUGACUAAGAUUCUGGUCCACACAGACGUCACGCGCUACAUUGACUUCAAGCAGGUCGCGGGUUCGUACGUUUACAACAAGGGCAAGAUCUACAAGGUGCCAUCCAACGAGAUGGAGGCCAUUUCGUCUCCUCUAAUGGGAAUUUUCGAAAAGCGGAGGAUGAAACGGUUUAUGGAGUGGAUAAGUGAGUACCAGGAAGACGAUGUCAAGACGCAUCAGGGACUGGACCUCGACAAGAACACCAUGGACGAAGUGUACUACAAAUUCGGCCUCGGCACGUCCACAAAGGACUUCAUUGGCCACUCCAUGGCUCUUUGGACCAACGACGACUAUCUGCAGGAGCCCGCUAGACCCACUUUCGAGAGAAUCCUGCUGUACGUCCAGAGUGUAGCGCGCUACGGCAAGUCGCCCUACUUGUAUCCGCUUUAUGGGCUUGGUGAGCUGCCCCAGGGCUUCGCGCGUUUGUCUGCCAUUUACGGUGGCACCUACAUGUUGAACACUCCUGUGGAAAAGGUUCUUUACGACGAUGACGGGAAGUUUCAAGGUGUUGUCACUAAGGAGGGUACUGCGAAGGCGCCGCUAGUGAUCGCCGACCCAACCUACUUCCCAGAAAAGUGCAAAUCCACCGGCCAGAAAGUCAUCAGAGCUAUCUGCAUUUUGAACCACCCUGUUCCCAACACGAGUAAUGCUGACUCACUGCAGAUCAUCAUCCCACAGUCCCAGGUGGGAAGGAAGAACGACAUAUACGUCGCUGUGAUGUCCGACUCUCACAACGUGGCCUCCAAGGGUUUCUACUUGGCCAUUGUUUCCACAAUUAUCGAAACCGACACGCCUCAUGUCGAGCUAGAACCAGCCUUUAAGCUUCUGGGCCCCAUCGAAGAAAGAUUCAUGGGUAUCGCUGAGAUCUUUGAGCCAAAGGAAAGCGGUUCUACCGACAACGUAUUCUUGUCAAGGUCAUAUGAUUCGUCCUCGCACUUCGAGUCGAUGACCGACGACGUGAAAGACAUCUACUUCAGAGUCACUGGCCAUCCGUUAGUUUUGAAGAAGAGACCUCAGGAGGAGGAAGAGGAGGAAUAA